AUGGUGUCCGGCACAGAGACCGUGCACUACAUCCAUCUCCACAAUUCCAGCCAGUCCGUACUGGAAGCCCUGCGCACUCAGCGACGCGAAGGCCUCUUCUGCGAUGUGACCGUGCGGAUACACGACGCCUCGCUGCGUGCCCACGCCUGCGUCCUGGCAGCUGGCAGCCCCUUCUUCCAGGACAAGCUGCUGCUGGGUCACUCUGAAAUCUCCGUGCCCCCGCUGGUGCCCGCUGAAACGGUGAAGCAGCUUGUGGAUUUCAUGUACAGCGGCUCGCUGGUGGUGCUGCAAUCGCAGGCCCUCUGCAUCCUCACUGCCGCCAGCAUCCUGCAGAUUAAGACGGUCAUUGACGAGUGUACCCAGAUCAUCUCUCAGAGGAAGGCGGCGGCAGGGGCAGCAAGUGCAGCUGCAGCAGCAGCCGCAGCGGCAGCAGCAGGAGGAGGGAUGCUUGGAGGAGUUCUGCCUAAACAAGAAGAACGCGGCGGGGGGAAAGGGAGAGAUAGCAGCAGCAGUGGAAGCUGCUCUGUCAGUGGUGCGAGUGCGGGUGGGGGUUACGCAAACUUCUCCAACUUCAUGGCCGAGUGCGGGGCUAGUAACAUGGGCGGGGGGUUGGGGGGUGCCAGUGUUAGUGUCAGCGAGAGCGGCCCGGGCCCGAUGGAUCAAGCUAACACUGUAAGUCUGAUGGCGUUGGGCGACAUGGGCCCCGGCUCCAUGUGCAGCGGCGACGGGAUGGGCGCUGGGGCCGGCACAAUCCUCAUGAAGCAGAGCUCCAGCUGUACUCAGGACGUAAGGUACAAGCUCCGAGACCUGUUGGCACAGACGGCCAACGGAGCCAGCACUAGUAGCACAGGGAACCUCUCAGCGGGCUGCAGCUCUGGUGUGGGCAGUGUGGACAGCAUCGGCAGGGACAGCCUCCGCGGCAACACAGCUGACCUCUCUGAUGACCUUGUGGGGAUAGACAGAUACAGUGAGGAGGAGGACUUGGACGGGAGAGAGCGGGGAAGAGAUGGAGACAGAGACAGGGGGGUGAGCCACAGCCGCAAGCAGAGGCAGCCGCUAAGACUCCAGGUGCUGGGAGGAGAGGGAGUGGUGGUGAAAGAUGAAGGGGUGCAGGACACAGAUGGGACCGUCUACGCCUUGGAGGAUGGGAGACGAGAUCAGCAGCAGGAGGGCUCCCAGGAAUCCAUGCCAAGCUUCGGACAGGAUUUCUACGAUGAGCAGGGCGUGUUUUCCGAGAGUUUCUGGCCCCAGAGCGAGCCUCCUCAAGCCAUGGCUUUCAACCCCAGAGGAAGGGUCAACAAGCCGCUGACUCCACCUCCGACCACGCAGUCCAUCAACAACCAGCUUCUGUUUCAGUACCCAGUGAGCCAGUCGCAGCCAGCUCCGUUCUAUGUGGGCGGGCCCAUGGGCGGGAUUGACACCAUGGCGGGGACGGAGCCCAGUCAACAGGCUCCGCCCCCGGCACCGAUGACCCCGGCCCCGCCGCCAUCCACCUCCUCCUGCUCCGCUGGGCCAUCCCCUUCAUCCCAGGGAUCCGAGACCUCGUUCGACUGCAUGCACUGUGGCAAAUCUUUACGUUCCAGGAAGAACUACAGCAAGCACAUGUUCAUCCACUCUGGUCAGAAACCUCAUCAGUGCUCCAUCUGCUGGCGCUCCUUCUCCCUGCGGGACUACCUCCUCAAACACAUGGUGGUGCACACUGGUGUCAGGGCCUUCCAGUGCACCAUGUGCGGCAAGCGGUUCACCCAGAAAAGCUCCCUCAAUGUGCACAUGCGCACCCACCGUGCCGAGCGCACCUUCCAGUGCAACGUGUGCCACCGGGCUUUCACCCACCGCACCUUGCUGGAGCGCCACGCCCUGCAGCACGCCCACCACGCCCCCCAGACCCCGGGCCAAGGCCAAGGGCGUGGAGCCGACAUGACCUCACCUACCAAGCACAGUCCUCCAGCUAUGGGAGGGCCCUCAGGUAUGGCUGGCACGGCUGGCAUGGUUGGCGGCAUGGCCAACAUGCCCAGCCAUGGAGCUUCCUCCACCUAGACAGAGAGAGAUGGGAAGAAGAAGGGGAGAGGAGGGGAGGUUAGUGAACGAGCCCAUUCCUUGAACCAACACUUACUUGGUCCUAACAGCCUUGUUGAUCUUUUGUUCUGGUGGAACGAGCGCUUACAGGUCCCCGUUGUUUUAGCUUAACGCCACCUCCAAUCAGGGUUCCUACACAGGGCUGGGAGGCCUUUUGAGUUUGAAAAUAAUGUAAAUUUUUAAAAAUGUUUUGGAAUUGCACAAAAAUCCUGGGAAAGCUUAGGGAGUGGGAAAAAACAAAAAGAGGUUCCUGUUCCGGAAACCCAUCGUAUAUAGUUGUAGCCCUACUGUCAUUUCCUGUGUUGUGACGUUUGUUGCUGUGAGGAUUAAUCAUCAGCUGUAGAGCAACAUCGCUACCAAUCGCACACCUUGUUGAAUAGCCAUCCAAAAAAAAACAAAAAAAAAAGUCU